GGCAUGCCCGGUGGAUCUUGUAAGUCAAGGUAGCAAGUCCUGAGAAGAGAAGAAACACAAAGGCGCCAUGGCGUGCUUUCGGAUUCGUUUAAGCGCCGCGGCUGUUGUCGUCGUCACCAUGCUCCUGCUCCAAGCUUGCAGUGAAGUUUCAGCGUCUUCCUCGCCGCCGCAGCGUCAGCAUCAGUUCCGCAAGAUGCUCAGUGUCAACGCAUCCUCCAUGCCAUCGAGCGGUGGAGUAGGCCGCUCGGCGGAACCGUUGGAGCUGGAAGAGUGCUCGCAGGACCUCCUGGAGGUGUCCCAGAUCAACGCGCCGAGCAUGGCCGGCGGCAUGCCGACCUACAGCGUGGGGAUCACCAACACCUGCAUCGACUGUCUCGUGUGCGACGUCCACAUUGCAUGCGGCGACUUCGCCUCCAAUGAUGUCAUCGACCCGGACAAGUUCCGCCGCCUUGGCUUCAACGACUGCCUCGUCAACGGCGGCCGGUCCAUCGAGCCCAGCUUUCCUGUCUCGUUCCAGUACGGCAACUCAUUUCCCUACCCGAUGACAGUCGCGUCCGCCUCAUGUGACUGCAACUAGCUAUAGGUAGGGUAUCGGUGACGGAUGAAGCUAUCUAUUUUGGUUACAAAUAAAAUCAAGUAGAGCUCGAUCGGCUAAUCUUACUUUUGGAGCUACUGUUAUCAAUAUCUAGUAUCAAUGUAUGGCGUCGAGGAAUAGUAGAACCGAGUCCAAUGAAAAUCAUUUUAAAGUGC